UGGUAAAUAUUUGGUAAUUAAAAAGGCUUAGAUCUGAAUUACUUGAAUUGCUAAGUAUGAACUCAAUAAGUUCCGAGCCUUGUGCAUUUAUGGGACCCUCUCACGAGUGCACGGCGUCUGUCGUGCCUCGAAUUCGGGUUUUGGGGCGUGACAAAUUUUGUGCCCAACGUGCUCGUCCUACUCAGCUUACUUGCCACGUUUGUGGGAAGGUUGGGCACACCUGGGAUCAAUGCCACAUUGUUAUUGGGGCUUGCUUCAAAUGUGGCAAGCAGGGACACCGGAUUGCAAAUUGUCCACUACUAGACCCCAAAGCCCAGAGUACUCAACCUACCCCUCUGCAGGGCUCUACCAGUCAAGGGGCGCAAAAACAGAGUACCGGGGUUUGGACAAAAGCCCAGCAUGCGAGAGUGCAAGUGAUGACUCAUAAGGAAGCUGCGGCCACCGAAGUAAUCACGGGUACCUUGCCUGUUAACUCUGAUUAUGCGCAUGUUUUAUUUGAUUCGGGUGCACCGCACUCCUUUAUUGCUCGAUCUUAUAUUUUGAAACGAGCUUUGCCUGUUGAUACCUCUGAUUGUGAACUGCAUGUGGACACCCCUUUAGGAGGGGUGAUGACUACUAGGGAGAAGUGUAGGACUGUAGAUAUUUAUAUUGAUGGUAGACGGCUGAGUGCUAGUCUGUUUGUGUUAGAUAUCUCCGAUUUUGAUAUCAUUUUGGGGAUGGAUUGGUUGUCAAAACACUUUGCCUCUAUAGACUGUCACCGGAAAUGGGUAAUUUUUAAUAUUCCUGGUGAGCCAGAAUUUAGUUUCCAAGGCAAUGGUUCUUUUGCUCCACCCGUGUUAGUAUCUACCUUGCAGGCUCAAAAAUAUCUUGUAAAUGGUUGCCAGGGUUUCCUAGUCUCCGUUACUGAUGCUAAUAGUGUGACAUCGAGACUAGAGGACAUACCGGUGGUGCGUGAGUUUCCGGAUGUGUUUCCGAAGGAUCUCCCAGGUUUACCUCCGGAUAGAGAGGUUGAAUUUGCUAUUGACCUUGUUCCUGGCACCGGACCCGUUUCCAAAGCACCAUAUCGUAUGGCUCCUGCAGAAUUGAAGGAGUUAAAGGUCCAGCUGGAGGAACUCCUUGAGAAAGGGUUUAUACGCCCUAGUGUGACUGUGAAGAACUGGUAUCCCCUUCCUAGAAUUGAUGACUUAUUUGACCAGCUCAAGGGUGCUCAAGUAUUUUCUAAGAUUGAUCUUCGAUCAGGCUACCACCAGUUGAAGAUUAAACCGGAUGAUGUGCCAAAGAUUGCCUUUCGCACCGUUAUGAAGAUUGAGGCUGUGGUUGAUUGGAAAAGGCCAAAUAGUGUUGCAGAAAUCCGUAGUUUUCUGGGAUUGGCUGGUUAUUACCGUCGGUUUGUGGGGGAUAUCUCUAGAAUUGCUGUGCCAAUGACUCGUCUUAUCAGGAAGGACACCAAGUUUGAGUGGACCCCAGAGUGUGAGAAGAGCUUUUUGACCUUGAAGGAGAAGUUGGUCACUGCUCCUGUACUUACACUUCCAAUUAAUGGGGAAAAAUUCACUAUAUAUAGUGAUGCCUCUAAAAAGGGUUUGGGAUGUGUCUUGAUGCAAAAAGAUAGGGUUAUUGCAUAUGCUUCUCGGCAGUUAAAGCCUUAUAAAGAAAAUUACCCUACCCAUGAUCUGGAGUUGGCAGCUGUAGUAUUUGCACUCAAGAUCUGGAGGCAUUAUCUGUAUGGUGAGAGUUGUGAAAUCUUCACUGAUCACAAGAGCCUUAAGUAUAUUUUCACUCAAAAGGAGCUUAAUAUGAAGCAGAGGCGAUGGCUUGAACUUUUAAAGGACUAUGACUUGACCAUUAGCUACCAUCCGGGCAAGGCUAACAAGGUAGCAGAUGCGUUGAGUAGGAAGUCCUCUAGCACUGCCUCUAGCAUCCUUGCCACUCAGAAGGAGUUACUUGAGGAUCUUGUGAAACUGGAUGUGGAGUUGAGAAUGGACAGCACUACGGCUUAUCUAGCCGCUCUCAGUGCACAACCGGCAUUAAUAGAUAGAAUUAAACUUGGCCAACAAAAAGAUUCCUUCUUGCUGAAGAUGAAGGAAAAAGUAAAAGCCAGGGAACCCCACAUGCAAGAAUUCAGAAUUUCUGAUAAUGAGACUCUGUGGUUUGGUGAUAGGCUGUGUGUACCCAGAGAUCAUGCUUUGAGGUGUGAGAUUAUGGGAGAUGCCCAUUAUACUAGCUAUACAAUUCACCCAGGUAGCACCAAGAUGUAUCGCGAUUUGCGUAGUACAUUUUGGUGGCGGAACAUGAAGAGGGAGAUAGCUAGAUUUGUCUCACAAUGCCUGACUUGCCAAAAAGUCAAGGCUGAACACCAGAGACUUCUUGGAAAACUGCAGCCUUUACCUAUUCCCCAGUGGAAGUGGGAAAACAUCACCAUGGACUUUGUGACUGGCUUACCACGAACCUUAAAGGAUAGAGAUACCAGAUUUUUAUCUCAUUUCUGGACAAGCUUGCAGCAGGCACUUGGUACUCAGUUAAAUUUCAGCACGGCCUUUCAUCCUCAAACUGAUGGGCAAUCUGAGAGAACUAUUCAGAUACUUGAGGACAUGUUGAGGGCUUGUGUUCUAGAUUGGAAAGGUUCGUGGGAUCAACACUUACCCAUGGCUGAAUUUGCAUAUAAUAAUAGUUAUCAGUCCAGCAUCCGCAUGGCACCGUUUGAGGCUUUGUAUGGUCGAAGGAAUGCCUUUGUGCUGCACAAAGCAGACAGAAAAGCUAUACGAAUAGAAGGAGAUGAGACCUUGAGUUUGAAGUUGGUGACCAGGUAUAUUGGACCAUAUCCCAUCUUGGAAAGGAUUGGUGAGGUAGCUUAUAAAUUGGAGUUGCCCGGAAAUCUAGCGGGUGUUCAUGAUGUGUUUCAUGUGUCCUUACUUAGGAAGUAUGCCCUCGACCCGAGUCACAUCAUUAAUCCUGAACCAAUUCAACUUCGGGAGGAUCUUACUUAUGACGAGCACCCGAUCCGCAUUUUAGAUUUCAAGGAGAGGAUAAUGCGGAGAAGGACCAUUCGUUUUGUUAAGGUCCUCUGGGACAACUAUUCGGUUGAAGAAGCUACUUGGGAGUUGGAAUCCAAGAUGAGGCAGGAACAUCUGCACCUCUUCCAAGAUUGAGGAGAUUCAGCAACAAUGAGGAAGAUAAGGUUUCAGUUUGUGGUGGAGAAGCGGAAAAUAUGAGCUUUAGACUUUUUGAUGGUGCAAGUUAUUUUUAUUUAAUAAAAAUAAAAAGGGAAAUAAAUAAGAAAAACACACAAUUUUUUUUUCAAUUCAAUUACACAGAUACAUAAAUAUAAGUUAAUGAAUUUU